UUUGCCAGACUAACCUUCAAAUCUCUUUCUUGUGUAACCUUUUGAGAAACAAAAUUGAACAAAAUGGCAGAGGAAGAUCUCUCUUUCUCUUUCUCUUCGGAAAUCAAUACCGAGGAAACCUCAGAAACGCAACUGUUUAAUUUUAGCGAAACGGAGUAUGCCAGCUUAGUCGCGAAAGCUCCAUGGAAUAAUGACAAAGUUUAUUUACUCAAAUGAGGCCACACAUGCAUUUGCAGGGGGAGACCAAGAAAUUAUGGGUAUUCUGGUAGGAAGAGUUAAGGAUAGGAGUUGUGUUGUUUUCGACUCCUACCCGCUACCCAUUAUAGGAACAGAGACGAGAGUAACCGAUAUGAGCUCGGAUCCCGUCGUCGGGGAGUAUAUGUACUUUUUGCUCGUCACUGCUGCUGAGAAGCUAAAUAAAAAGGAAAAGCUUAUCGGCUGGUACCACAGUCACCCCGGUUUCGGUUGCUGGCUGUCUAAAAUUGACUGCGGCACUCAACGAUGCUGCCAGCGUGGGGGCAUGCACGUCGCUGUUGUUGUCGAUCCGCACCGAACCCUGGCCGAUGGCCGCUUGGAGCUCGGAGCGUUCCGGUGCUACCCACAAGACUACCGGCCCCCUGGAAAAACCGAAACGCAGGAAAAGUUUCUUAAGUUUGGCUCGUGCGCAGAGGAGUACUACCCACUGGAGGUGGCGUACUUCAAUACCUCCUUUCAACAAAAAAUACUAGAAGAGGUUAGUUUGGGGCUUCAGUCAAGGGCCGUCCCGUGCUUGAGUUACGACGUGAGAAAGAACUACUUGAAAAAAAUGGUUGAUGACCUUAACAAUAAGUUUGCGUUUUGCGAUGCAGACGAUAAACCCUGCACACAAGAAAACGAGCUGUUCUUAGAAGAAAUCAGCUGCGAAAGUUCGAGAAUAGCAAAUGAAGUUUCCAGCGGAUUGGCUGAUAAUGCUCUACGAAACGUUCUAACUUCCGCCAAAGUGAAUGUUCAGGAGAAGGCGGCGGUUCCUACUACCACGUGGCGGGGUCUGUGCCGUGGUCCAGAAACCAGAUGA